CUUGCCUGCGCACUUCGUGUCAUCACCGUCGAAGCAGCUGCCGUCACACACGCCGCACAACUGUAUACGAAUUCUGUGCCUAUGCGUCGCAUGCUGUUGGUAGCAGUUCGUAUAAUCACAGGUGUACAUGCGCAAGGUGGGAAAGUAGUUGUAUGCGGCAUAGGCAAGAGCGGACAUAUCGGGCGCAAGCUCGUAGCGACGCUGAACAGUUUAGGCGUAAGCGCUGCAUUCCUCCAUGCCGCUGAAGCUGUACAUGGCGAUCUUGGUAUGGUGAGAGAUGUGGAUGUGCUGUUGUUUGUUAGCUUUAGUGGAUGCACCAGGGAGCUAGUUAACGUGCUGCCGCAUGUCACGUUCAAGGUGCCUAUCAUCGCGCUAACUGGGCAUACGGACGUGAGCGCAUGCCCACUACUCGCGGGACGGCAAGAUGGCAGGGGCAUCGGGAUACUGCUACCUACACCAGUACACGAGAGUGAGGAGGAAAGCUUUGGUGUCGGGGCGCCGACUACCAGCACGAUCGUGGCUAUGGCUGUUGGCGACAUGCUGGCCAUCGCAGUUUCGGAAAGGAUAUACGGCGCUGAUAAGGCUUAUAUGUUCCAGAGGAAUCACCCAGGUGGUAUCCUUGGA